UAGCACUGCACAGUUCCGGGUAGUGUUGUUUCCCAGCCGGAUGCCUUUGCAGGGUGCACGCCGGCUCUCUUCCUGCGCCCAACACUCGGUGCUAGCUGUUGCUUUGGAGCCGGACUCUCCUCCUGGUGUUACACAGAACGGGGACCGCGGGCAGCAGUGACGUCACUCCCGGGUUUCGCCACUCCGGCUGCUGCUUCCUGGUGCUGUGCUCAUGGCGGGGAACUUCUGGCAGAGCUCUCACUAUUUACAAUGGAUAUUGGAUAAACAGGAUUUGUUAAAGGAGCGGCAAAAAGACCUGAAAUUCUUAACAGAAGAAGAGUAUUGGAAGCUACAGAUAUUUUUUACAAAUGUCAUCCAGUCUUUAGGGGAACACCUCAAAUUAAGGCAACAAGUCAUAGCAACUGCCACUGUUUACUUUAAAAGGUUCUAUGCCCGAUAUUCUUUAAAAAGUAUAGAUCCUGUUUUAAUGGCACCAACUUGUGUAUUUUUGGCAUCCAAAGUAGAGGAGUUUGGUGUUGUAUCAAAUACAAGGUUAAUCUCUGCUGCUACUUCUGUAUUAAAAACUAGGUUUUCUUAUGCAUUUCCAAAGGAGUUUCCUUAUAGAAUGAACCAUAUACUGGAAUGUGAAUUCUAUCUGUUAGAAUUAAUGGAUUGUUGUUUGAUAGUUUAUCAUCCCUAUAGACCCUUACUACAGUAUGUACAAGAUAUGGGCCAAGAAGACAUGCUGCUUCCACUAGCAUGGAGGAUAGUAAAUGACACAUAUCGCACAGAUCUUUGUCUUCUCUACCCUCCUUUCAUGAUUGCUCUCGCCUGCCUGCAUGUGGCUUGUGUUGUUCAGCAGAAGGAUGCACGACAGUGGUUUGCAGAGCUUUCUGUAGACAUGGAAAAGAUAUUAGAAAUUAUUAGAGUCAUCCUGAAGCUUUAUGAACAGUGGAAAAACUUUGAUGAACGGAAAGAAAUGGCUGCCAUUCUUGGUAAAAUGCCAAAGCCAAAGCCACCGCCUAACAGUGAAGGAGAACAGGGACCAAAUGGAAGCCAAAGCUCCAGUUACAAUCAAUCCUGAAACUUUCCACAUCAUCCAGUACUGGACCAACCUGGAUUAAUAUUUUGCCAUAGUGCUCAUCCACACCGUGUACUGAUGUAGUAUUUUUUUCAAUAAGUGGAACAUGCUGACUUAUUUUAUUUUUUCCUUCCAUAACGAGAGGCACAAACGUUAAAACAUUCUUGACUGAGGUCUUGUGAAAAUGAACACUUGGCACUGUUCUUAGGGGGUCAUUCCGAGUUGAUUGCUUGCUAGCUAUUUUUUGCAGAGCUGCGAACAGAUAGUCGCCGCCUAUAGGGGAGUGUUUUUUUUUUUUGUUUUGUAAGUGUGCGAACGCAUGUGCAGCCGAGCACUACAAAAAAGUUUUGUGCAGUUUCUGAGUAGCCCAGAACUUACUCAGCCGCUGCAAUCACUUCAGCCUGUCCGGGAUCAGAAUUGACGUUGGGAACCCUCCGAGCGCACGCAUGUACACGCCUGCGUUUGUCCAACCACUCCCAGAAAACGGUCAGUUGCCACCCAUAAACGCUUUCUUCCUGUCAAUCUCCUUGCGAUCGGCUGUGCGAAUGGAUUCUUUGUUAAAUCCCUCACACAACAACGGAUCCGCUUUGUAUCCGUACAACGUGCCUGUGCAUUGCGGUACAUACAUAUGCACAAUUCUGACCCGAUCGCAGCGCAGCGAAAAAACCUAGCGUGCGAUCAGGUCGGAAUGACCCCCUUAAGCCUCAGUUUCAUCUAUCAAACAAUUGCACAUAUUCGUGUUCUGCAAUAGUAAAAUGGCUAAAAACAGAUCUUAGCCAACCGUAACACAAUCCUCAUAAUGUAUUAGGAUUAAAUGAUAUUGCAGUAUG